AGUCGCCAACUGCAUUCAACUUGUCAGGAAGUCGUUAAGGGCUCGCCUUGUGGCUUUAUUUAUCAAAUACAGGAAACUACACAUUUCAUAACGGACGUGUGUAGUGGCUGGGCAAUUCUAGAGCGCGUGCUAUACAUCGCGAGAAAUUAAAGGUGCUUAGAUACAGUCGAGAAAGAUGAAACUGACAUUUUGUUUGCUGCUUUCCAUCAUUCUAUGUACCGGCAUUUUGGCCAAAAAACACCAUGAAAGCGUUGAGAAGAAAACUCUUGAAGAGGAAGUUGUAAACUCUGAUGAAAAGGACGAACUGGACUUGAUCGCUGAGGACGAAGCUGAGGAAGAUGACCAGGAGGAGAACUCUGUAAAGGAUUACGAAGAACUAGAUAGAGAAGGAGGAGGAUAUAGGGAAGGGAAAAGCGUGCAGAAACAUCCUUGUGCUAAGCACCAUUGUGGAGCUGGACGUGUUUGUGUUCUAGAUGAUAAAGGCAAACCUGCUUGUGAAUGUAUUACUGAGUGUUCAGCAGAGAUAGAUGAGCGUCGCAAGGUGUGUAGCAACCACAACGAGACAUGGAACAGCUAUUGCGAGUUAUACCGUAUGAGAUGUUGGUGUGAUGAUGGUCUUGAUGAGUGUGCCAAGGACAAAUACAAACACGUCCACGUUGAUUAUUAUGGUUCUUGCAGAGAAAUCACAAAAUGUGCCGAAGAUGAGAUGGCAGACUUCCCUCGUCGUAUGCGUGAGUGGCUGUUCACUGUCAUGCAGGAACUAGCCCAGCGAGAUGAAUUGAGCAAAUACUACAUGAAACUAGAAAAGGAGGCAGAGGAAGAUGUCACCCACAAGUGGGCGAAUGCUAUUAUUUGGAAAUUCUGCGACCUAGACGUCCACCCAGAAGAUAGGGCUAUUUCACGCCACGAACUCUUCCCAAUUCGAGCACCCCUGCUUGCCAUGGAACAUUGUAUCGCUCCCUUCUUGGACAGCUGUGAUGUUGAUGACGACCACAUUAUAACUCUCGCUGAAUGGGGAAAAUGUCUCGGACUUAAGGAAAACGAAAUCGAAGAUAAAUGCAUAGCUGUGCAUGAAAAGAGACCAAAAGAAUAGAAUAAAGAAGCAGACGAAAAUAAUGUUUAUGAAACGCGAAAAUAUUCUUAAGCAAUUAAACAAAUCAGUUAUUCUAUUUUCUUAUAUGAAUGUGUCUACUGCUUUUUUAAUUGGCACUUCUGUUAAGCCUAAUAUAUAUUUUGAUACUUUUAUAAUCUUGCUACAUAAUUGUUACUUAUAAUUGCAAAGCAUGUUAUUUGUUAAAUAUACUUGAAAAUAUACCCAAAUUCCACGUUCAUGUAUGCAACGCCUAAAUGUAUGGAAUGUGAUUACAUUGUUGUUGAUCAAGUAAAAUGCAUUGUAUUAUUACAGUAAAUACAUUUUUUUCUUAACAGUGAAAUUUCCAGAGUGAUCGAUUAAAUUUUUCUUGUAAAUAAAAACGAUCGACCAUGUU